CAGUUUGCACCUCUCCACGCUGCGUGCAUUCAUUAAAAUCAAUUGUUUGAAUGACCUCUUCUGGACCAUCAUUGUUUUACUCUCGUCCUCAAUUUCGAACCCGUAACAAUGACUAACAUUCAGGUUAAUCUGCCUUUCUGGCUUCUUGACUUAUUGUGUUUGCUGCUUUCCGAUUUGUUUCAAGUCCUUCAUUUUAGGCUGUUUUGUGAUUUCAUCUUUUUAUGAUUUUCAGACAUGUGCCAAGUCUCUGCGAAAGUCUGAGGAUGAGAAAUUCAAGGCUUUUCUUCCAAACAUACGUUUGUUUCUGCACAAAGGCAACUACAACAUGAGCGAGUGGAAUCAUCUUUCACAUUUUAGCAAUCCAUUUGGGUUUAUGGGCUACAAUUAUGAUGAUGUGAUGGAUUCAGUGAAGCUGAUUCCAAAGCCAAAAGAGCCACUGCUCCUCCCAAAACCUGAUGGAGAUGGCUGUGUGCGCUGUGCUGUGGUAGGUACCGUAGAAAUCCUGAGCGGCUCAAAGAAGGGGGUGGAGAUUGAUGGCCAUGAUUACGUUUUUCGGAUGAAUGGUGCCAUCACCAACGGUUAUGAGGAACAUGUAGGAAACAAAACAUCAGUGUACGUUCACACAGCCCACUCCAUCACUACAUUACUUUACUUGCUCAAGAAGUACGGGUACAAAUCUGGGCCUCAUGAUGAGCAGGGUAUAAAGUAUGUGAUGAUUCCUGAGGGGGUGAGGGAUUUCCAGUGGCUCAAGGCUCUUCUCAGAGGAGAAAAAGUCUCUGCUGGCCCAUAUCGCAAUAAACUACCAAGAAACUACUAUUCAGGGCAGUACAAUGAAAGUCGUUUCUACGUUCUACAUCAGGACUUCCUCCUAUAUGUGCGCAACAGGUUCUUACUGUCACAUAAUUUGAAAAAAACACUCUGGCCUUUAGUCAGACCAACCAAUGGGGCAUUUGCUCUCUUCUUGGCCCUGCACACCUGUGACAUAGUCGAUGCAUAUGGAUUUAUGACUGAUGACUACAUGAAAUACUCAUUUACAAUACAUAAACCAUGACUACAUUUUGGAGAAGAAUACAUGGAAAGACCUAAGGAAAAGAAACUUAAAAAAUUCCUAAAAUUCCUACAUGCAGUUUUUUUUUUUUGCAAAGACGAAACUACGUGAGACAAUGUGUGAUGCUCAGUUUCACUGAUGAUGGUAGCUGUUUGUGUUUUUUUUACAACUCCUUUUGUGGUGUUAUCAAAUGCAAAAGAGGGCCGAGCAGUAAUAGCUCACAAAACAUACAAACUAAACCAGAAAAGUUGAUUUGAUUAUUAUCACUCAUCUCGGGAAGUCAAUGUUAUGUUAAAGUUGAUCUCUGUGGGUAAAUUUGCAUAAAUUAAAAUCAAACAUUUGCAAUAGCUGGGAUUGAGUCAAGUGCAUUACUGCAGAGGAAUUAUUUUUGUCUUUCUUUUUACUAUUGUUUUAAUUUGGUCACAUUAAAGGGAUUUUCAGUAUGAAGUUUUAGGUCAUGCCAAAGCAACUCAAUCAGAUUGCAGUUUGGAAAUUGAAUAGGACACUCUAAAACCUUCUUAUUUUUAAAAUUUUUUUGGACAUUCAGAGGUGGAGUGGCUGUUGUUUUGGAUCAUUGUCCUAAUGCUGCAUCCCAAGUGUUCUUAAGCUUCAGGGAAUGAACUGAUGGCCAGACAUUCUCCUUUCAUGAUUUUCUGGUAGAGAGCAGAAUUCAUAGUUAUAUCACUUAUGGGCCCUGACAAUCACGCUACCACCACCAUGUUUGACUGUUGGUAUUAUGUUAAUUUUAUUAAAUGAUGUGUUGGUAGCAUGCCAGAUGUAAUGGGACCUUACAAAUAGUUCAGAUUUUCUCUCGUCAGUCCACAGAACAUUUUCAGUCUUGGGGAUCAUCAAGAUGUUUUUUGGCAAAUGUGUGAUGAGCCUUUGUAUUCUUUUUGGUCAGCAGUGGUUUUCUUAAUUCAGUAGGCAGUAAUCAGGCCUCAGUGUGGUUACUAAAUUUGUGGUUAAUUAAAGUUAAUUCAUGACUUAAUAAGCAAGGGCAAUUCCUUUUUUACUUAAGACCAGGUAGGUUUAGAUAUUUUUUUCCCUUUAAUAAAAUUGUAUUGUUAAUCUUUGUUAAUUUACUCUAUUAAUAUCUUUGUCUGACAUUAAAAUGUUUUCAGUUAUCUGAAGUAAGGGUGACAAAUAUGCAAAAAACAAAAACCAGAAAGCGGGCAAAUACUUUUUCAUAGCACCGCAUGUAUUACAAAAUUGAAACUGUACUGACAGUGAAAUUAAUCAUUUUUAAACUGAAAUAAAUGUAUUCCAGACAAAAUGUUAACUUCUAACUUUAGCAGAAAAUAUAAACAGUGUAAAGUAAUCAAAUAUAUUUGCUUGCAUUUGAGUACUUCAUAUUGUUUGUGGUUUUUUGGCCAAUUUUACUAUUGGUUACAGACUUUCAUUUUUACAUUUAUGCCUUUUCAGCUUCUAUAUGAAAGAAAUGUUGACAAAAGAUUGAUAUGUAAUCCAGGUAUAUCUUUAUAAUAAUUUAAGUUCAAUGUGUUAUUGAGCUUUAAGAUAAACACUGUUAAUGCCUGUUUGUGACAGCUGUAUUUACAGCUUUUACUUGUAGCACUUUAUGUGGAAACCAAAUACCGAAUUAUAUCUUCCACCCUUGAAAGAGGCAUAAUAACAAAAUUAUAUUAUUUUCCUUUCUCUUAAUGUUUGUUGGAUUUUAGUGGUUGGCGUUGCUUUUAUAGUAAAUUUAAAUUUCUAGAGGUUUAAUGGGGGAAAGAAGCUGUGAUGUUAUUGUGGCUGUUUGCCUUGAUACUAGAGCCUGUAUUUCUCUAUUAAUUUUUGUUCUUUAUUGUUUUCAAAGUUGUAUGUUCCAGAAAAAGUAGUUUUUGUAAAACACAAAACAUUCAGUCAAACACAGCAAGCUGUUUAUCAACAACAUCAAUGACUGCUCAAAUGGUCUGUAACAUCUGUAAACAUUGUGCAUGUAAGCUAUAUUAUAAAGGAAAUAAAGCUGAA